AUGGGUCUGCUCAGUUCUGGCAUCCCAGAUACGCCGGCAGCACGAGUGGAAACACCCGUUCCGACCCGAGGAGGUAGCGGCAGUUGGGGCGGAGGCGGUAGGGGCGGAGGCGGCAGUCGUGGCACCGGCCACGUCGGUGGGCGCACGGGCAGCGGGGCCGGCAUUCUGAGUGGCGAGGGCAGUGGCACUGGCGGUAGCGGUGGCUCUAGUUCUGGGUCCAACUGGGGCAAGCCAUACACCAAAGACGAGAGCAUUGCCGUGGCGAAGGCUUGGGAUACUAUCACUUCGAACCCCGUGGUGGGCACAGAUCAGGCCGAGGGGAGCUUUUGGAGGCGCGUCAUGUUUGCAUACGAGGAGUUCAAACCCGACGGCGCCGAGAGGCGCGACCCAGAACAGCUCCGGAAAAAGUGGGGUAGGAUUCUCCGUGCGACCAAGCGGUUCUCGUCCAUAUACGAGAACAACCUUCGCCACGCUGAGAGUGGCCGCAGAGCAGCAGAUGUUAAGAACCUGUCUGAGGGCCAAUACCACACAGAGGCAUUGGAGACUAAUUCUGCGUCAAAUGAGAAAUUGCCCGAGUUUCUGAAGUGGGUUAUUUAG